ACACACUGGUCUCCAGCUCACCAAUCCUCCAGGUGACUUCCAGCCAUGAAGACACUUGUCCUCCUCUCUGCCCUUGUCCUGGUGGCCUACCAGGUCCAGGCUGAUCCCAUUCAAGGGGCAGAAGAAGAGACUAAAACUGAAGAGCAACCAUCAGAUGAGGACCAGGAUGUGUCUGUCUCCUUUGAAGGCCCAGAAGCCUCUGCUCUUCAAGAUUUUGAGAUAGGAAGGCCAGUGAGGAGGUGCCGUUGCAGAGCAAACUGCGGACCUAAAGAAUAUGCCACUGCGUUCUGUGCUCAAGGUCCAUUUAAACAGUUCAAAUUCUGCUGCACAUGAAAAUGGAUCCCAAGUCUGAGAUAACCACGUGCUCUGGGACCUCACAAUCUGUCAUUAUUGUGCUUGACCUCAACUGCUUUUCCUUCUCCAAUAAA